AGUUGAGCAGCAGCCGAAAGAUCCUGAACAAAUGAUGGUAGGUCGAGGGAUGCUGGUAUUUCCGUUCCAUGGGGUAACACGCAGUCCUUUCAGGGUCUCGUGCAUCUGGUCACGUACACAGACACAGCAAGCUUCACAUGGUGAAACGACAAAAUGAACGCCUGGAACGUGAAAGAAGGAACACGAAAUUGCUGAUAUUGAUUGCAUAAUGCGUAACUCGCCCUACCAGUUACGCACACGAAUUCAUGCUUUCGUCACUGGGUCUAAAUAAAUAGAGAACAUCAGAUAAAAAGAAUAAAAAAUUUCUUCAAAGUAUAAAUUAUAGUUUUAAAAUAUAGGUAAUAAAAUUGAAAAAAAAAAUUAAGUUAUUAUUUAUAAUACACCUACUAAUAUGCUAAUAAAGAUGAUUAAGCAUACUAAAGUUUAAUGAAACACACUGUAUACAAAAAUGUGAUGUAUUAGCAACGCUUUCAGUCUGAGAUUGAUCUUUGCCUCUCCUUGUAUGCUUAAUAAAACAUUAGUUUGCAUACAUACAUAAGUAGUAACAACAAGUACAGAGAUAACAUAAAUUCUGCUUUUUAUUCUUCGGCUUCUAAUUGUAAAAUGUCUAAACGUUCACCAGAAGAACAACGGACUGUAAUUUUAGUUGUAAUUCGCGAGUGUGUAAUAACAAUGUUAACAACAUUAGCGUAAAUAUUAAAUGUCGUUUGCGAAGUUAAUGUGCUUCUUCUCGGUCUAUUUACAUUUAAAAUCAAGGUAAAAAGAACUCAUUAAAUCAAUGUUUUAUGAAUAAUAUUUUCAUUCAAAGAUGACAAGGGAGAUCUAGUGUUCGAUUCUUAUAGUGGCCUCAACGUUCAAUUGAAUUUAACGAUCGAAUUAAAGCGAUUUACUUUCAUUACGAUAUAGCGCAGGAUGGAGAGGUCGUGCAGAAGAGAAAAGAAGGAGAAACGAGUAACUGGAAUAACGGUAGUAGAUAAUGGCGGACCUAAGGCGCUUUAAAUCAUCGGCAUGAAAGUUCUUACUUCCAACAUUCUUUGAAAAGCAUAACUAAAAUUGUAUUCUAAAAUUUAUUUAUCUUUGUAGAAAAUGUAGGUACCGUGCCUCUUUAUCGUGCUAACGUCUAGCGCCCUUAAGUUCAACUCGCAGAGAUAGUCUCUAGUUUGCUAUAAUAAGUGUAUCCUCUUCCUACUCUGGUAUAAAACGUUGUUACACGUGUUCUUCGAAAAAAAAGAAGGUCUCUCAAGAUUUCGCAAUAUUUUAGAAGCGAUUACGAAAUUUGGUGCAAACAAAUCGGUUAAAAAGAUAAACCCAUAAAGAAAAAGAGAUGGUAGGCAUAGUUAAACGCAGGAGCACAUACUAUGGAAACAGGGUACGAAGCAUGCACAAAGGAGGGGAAGUUGAAACAGCCGUCGGUCCCCCACCGUUACGACCCCCACCUCCUGGGCCCUCUCCUACUCGUUUCGACUAUGGCAGUCCCCCUAGCAAGAUCGAAAGAGGUUCCCUCUCGCCCCUCGUUUGAACAACAAGCCACUGACUACUCUCGUCAGUCGACGUUGAAGACUGCUACGUACAUACGUGUAUAUGCCGACACAAUUCGGUGUUGGCUCGCACCCGUUCGUACGAUCUGUCUGCACGAUAUCGAGAGAAAAAGUGCCGCGCAGAGGAGAAGACAGAGAAGGAGAAGCAGGAGUAGGAGGUAGAGGAGGAGGUGAAGGUGGAGGAGAAAGGGGGAGCCCUGAGCGGCAAGAGAGUUCGGUCCGGCUGUUGCACAAUUUUGUGUCAGCCUGUGUUUCUCGGUGAAAUCCUCAGACCGACUCAGAGGAAAUAACAGGAUUGACAGUGAGUGUCGUAUAUCCGACACGAAGUUGAUUGGACGCGCAGGCGUCGCGGGCUUCUUUGAAGAUCGAGAAACGACGAGGCUCCCUCGUUCCAUGUUGCGCAUUUGUUUAUCGAGAUUCAACUGAACGUAGUUACGCGUAGAAUCGAUCGAUCGGUGAAAGAUGCGAAAAGGAUACGUGUGUUUCGUCGACGCAUCGUAUAAGCAGAGUUGAAAACUCCUGACUGAGGACAGUCGUGUACAAAAGGCGAGCGCGUUCGCGGUCUUGUUCAACGUUGGUUCGGUGACCGAUCGUGCGCGCUCCCAUCACCCCGUAAAAAGAAUAAGAAACAGCGAGUGGAGGAGGAGUAGGGCGGAAGCUUAAGGAAAGAAGGACGCCGAAGGAGAAGGAGAAACAGGAGAAAAGGAAAAGAGGGAGGCACGCCGCGUGGACACAGCCGUACGAUCGUCGUGUGUCUGUUUCGUUUGGUUUCGUUUCGUUUUACCGCUUUUCGAGCGGACCCGCGGUAGAUGAGGGCCCGCGAAACUUCUAGUUGAUAACGAUUUUACCCGAUUCUCCUUCUCGUGACACAUUCCGUCACGUGGACGUUGUCGCGUAAAGAAGAUUAUUCGAUUGUAAACAAGCUAAGAAAACAAUCAUGUACAAGCUACUAGGGGGUCUUGGCACGUUCCUGAAAUGGCAGGACAUCACGACGGAUUCUAUGGUGUUCCGGUUGCACAACCACUUUACGGCGGUGCUACUUUUCACGUGUUCGAUGGUGAUCACGGCCACCCAAUACGUUGGUAAUCCGAUCAACUGUAUCGUUCAAGGUUUACCACCGCACCCUGUCAACACUUAUUGCUGGAUAACGUCUACGUUCACUAUGCCGGAUGCAUUCAAUCGGCAGGUCGGUAUAGAGGUGGCGCAUCCAGGAGUGGCCAACGACUUCGGCGACGUGGACGCAAGGAAAUAUUAUACGUACUACCAAUGGGUCUGCUUCGUAUUAUUCUUCCAGGCAUGCUUGUGCUAUGUACCACAAUGGUUAUGGAACAUGUGGGAGGGUGGUUUGAUCAGUACAUUGGUCAUGGGUAUGAAUCACGGCCUCGAUAAACAAGAGAACAUCCGGAAGAAAAAGUCCGUGUUAAUGGAUUAUCUAAUGAAUCAUAUUAGGAGUCACAACAUGUACGUGUACCGAUACUUCAUUUGCGAGGCGCUUUGCCUAGUGAAUAUCUUCCUUCAAUUAUACCUGAUGAAUCGAUUUUUCGACGGGGAAUUCCUCAGCUACGGAUUGCGAGUACUGCAGUUUUCGGAGGUGCCACAGGAAGAGCGUGUGGAUCCCAUGGUCUACGUGUUCCCUCGCGUCACCAAGUGUCUCUUCUAUAAGUAUGGUGCUUCGGGAACGAUACAGCAACACGAUUCCCUCUGCAUUCUUCCAUUAAACAUCGUCAAUGAGAAGACGUAUAUCUUCAUCUGGUUCUGGUUCACCAUUCUAUCCAUCUUGUUAUUGGGUCUGAUGGUAUACAGAGCAGCCAUCAUUUUUGCCCCGGCCGUGAGACCGAGACUGUUACAUCUCUCCUCUCGGCUGUUGUGUAUAGAAACCUGUUACAGUAUCAGCAAAAAGAUUGAUCUGGGUGACUGGUGGCUUCUCUACAUUCUGUCUUCCAACAUGGACUCACUAAUCUACAGGGACUUUCUCCAGGAACUGACCAAGAAGAUGGGCGAUAGGCAAUCAGCUAUGGCUUAGAUUGAUAAUUUUAUAACAAGAAUUUUCGUUAGAAAGGCUGAACUGAUUUGCUGAGGUUCAUCGUUUGAAGGCAGGUUCAUUGCCUUUAGUUGACCUCCUUCGGGGAAUUAUAGGGGGGAGAACACUGACCACCGUUGUCUGCGUGGAAAUCAUCGCGUUACAAGAAUUACUAUCAUAGGUAGCGCCUUCAGAGAACAAUUGUUAUGCACGACUGACUAGUAUGUGUGUUCGUAAACACGCGAUGACAUUCGGUUUUGUAUGUACACAAGAGUGUGACUGUGUGUGAGUACGAGAGAAAGUAUCGUUGUUUCAACGAUUAUUCCAAGAACUGUUUCUUUAUUAUUUUUUUUUUUUUUAUUAUUAUUCUUAAUUAGUGUUCGUUCUCCAAAGCAACAGAUCUAUUUUAUUGCGAGAAGUAUUGCUCAAAGUAAAUCGAACGUAUUUCUAUGACAGAGGAAGUUUCGAGGCGAUGAGGAUCUUAGCAUACGAAUACCUUUUACUAUGCAACAUUUUUCUAUUAUGAGGUCAUCUCGACUUUUAUGCUAUCCUAUCGUGAUUAUAAUGUGCACUGUCGCAAGAAAUCUUGCUCUCAGAUAUUUCUGUGUAGCGUAUACGUGAUCCAAUUCAUUGAAUGAUUAUUCUUUCUAAGUUGUCAAGGUAUGUGUUAGUUUUCAAAAUACCGUGACUAAGUAAUUAGUUGCAAAGGAUGCAUAUCAAUUUUUAUUGUAAUUUAGAGAUAUGAUUUGUACUGUUAGGUUGAUCAGAAAGUUCUGUUGAUUUUUUCAAAUUAGUAUCCUAGUGAUAAUGAAUCAGCCAUGGUGAAAUACAAUUAUCUCUCUGUUUGCAGUUAUUAAAAAAAUACACAAACUACGUUUUUCAGAACCAGCAGCAAAAUUUUCCGAUCAGUCUAAUAUUUGCCCAUUUGUGUUCCAUCGACAUACAAACAUUGUCGCAGAAGACUUGUAUUAAAGUAACACAGAUCUUUUUUUAAUGUCUAUGUCCUCUGUUUCUUAAUUAAUUUCUGCUGUAUGUAUCAAUAUAAGAAUUUACGAGUGUUAAACCGAUUGUGUAUCGUAUAUGAUGUGUGUUUCCUAUUGGAAAGUAAGAGAAGAAAAGAAGUUCGUCCGAAUUUUAACGGUACUACAAUUUUGAAUGUUUAUUAGGUAGAACGAGUAAGGUUUUAUAUUGAUAUUAUGAAUAUUAUACGGAUAUUAUAAAUAUUCGUGCAAUUUAUGCAUCUAUUGUUUUUUUCUUUCUUUCUGAUAUUCGAUUAUGGUAAAAGUUUAAAUUUUACCGUAAUCGUCAGUUGGUGACAAAUCAAGAAUGAUUUUUUUAGUUAUUCAUGCCUCGAUAUUGGUCUUGUGUUAUAAACUACAAUAUAUUCCAUAAUCAUAGGAAACUUGAGACUUAGGCUAACAUCUGCAAUUCAAUGCUUUCAAAGUUUACUUUUCCUAUUAGCAGCUGACUGUAACAUAAAAGACAUUGAAAAUAUACCGUAAUUCUAAGA